AUGCAUCUCAACUUUGAGAUAAUGUUGAAGUUCCCGUCGGACUUGGAGGAGCUGCGUGAACUGGCGGAGCUCCUGCAGUUUUACAAGACCGAGCACACUGGAUAUGUGCUGCUGCUCUUCUGCAGUGCGUAUCUCUACAAGCAGUCCUUUGCCAUCCCUGGAUCCUCAUUCCUGAACAUUCUUGCAGGAGCUAUAUUUGGACCGUAUCAAGGACUUCUACUUGCCUGCUUGCUCACGACUGUGGGCUCCACUAUGUGCUACGUCCUGUCUCAAGCCUUCGGAAAACGUUACAUUGUAAACCUUUUCCCUGAUAAGGUCUCCAUGCUACAGAGGAAGGUGGAGGACAACCAGGACUGUUUGUUCUUCUUUCUGCUCUUCCUGAGAUUCUUUCCCAUGACUCCCAACUGGUUCCUGAAUAUGUCUGCACCGAUUGUCAACAUCCCCAUCACCUUCUUCUUCUGCUCAGUCUUCAUUGGCCUCCUUCCGUACAACUUCAUCUGCGUCCAGACGGGCGUCAUGUUGUCCGAGGUGUCCUCGCUGGACGACCUGUUCUCGUGGGAGCGGCUCCUGCAGCUGCUGGCCAUCGCCUGCGUGGCUCUGCUGCCCGGCGCCCUCAUCCGCCGCUUCAGCCAGAGACGCCUCAAACUGGACGUCCAGUCGCAGAACGGAACCGUCACGGACAAGAAGGUCCAGUGA